GGAGGAUAUCCUGGGAGAACCGCUUUAUCUAUAUAAAUAUUAUAUUAGUUUUUUUUGUAAUAGUCAAAAAGAUGAGAGAGAAAAUUAAGGAAGAAAAAAAUGUAAUAGAAAAACAUUUUUGUCUUCUUAUUUUCAUUGCAUUGAAUUCUAAUUUCUCUUUUAAUAUAUCACUCUCUUUUCCAUAUAAAUUUCAAAUAAGUUCAUAACCGACCUCUUGUUGAGAUAAAGCUUCUUUUCUUUUUUUCUCUGACAAAUGGAAAUGAUUUUAAGGAGAAAAGACAGAAACAAGUUUUAAUAUUAAUGGGUUUUUCUUUGGCUUUUGAAAAGACAGAACAAGAUACAAGGUUUUUAGGUUCCAACAACAACAAUUCUAUGAUCAUGGUUUCUUCUAAUGUUGUUAAGAGCAUAACAAAUUCAUCAACAUCUAAACUUGAAUCACUCUCACAACAACAACACAACCAUUAUCAUCUUUAUCAUCACCAACAACAGCAGCAGCAACAACAACAUCAUCAACAGCAGCAACAGCAACAACAACAUCAUCGUAUGCAUGAUGAUCAUCAAAUUUCUUUUGGAAUGAUGCCAUCUUCAUCUUCAUCCUCCAUCCCUGGGAACUACUUAAGCAAGGAUUCAAGUGCUUUUGAUUUAGGUGAAUUGGAUCAAGCUUUUUUCUUGUAUCUCGAUGGACAAUCACAAACACAAGCUGAUCCUUCCACUCUUCAAGAUCAAGGACAGAAUUCAUCAUCAUCAGCAAUGAGGCCACCACCAACUCUUAACAUUUUCCCAUCUCAACCAAUGCAUGUAUCACCACCACCACCACCCUCUAAUUCAAAGGCUAGCAUGGGAUUAACUUCUCCACAAACAAGUGGUUCCAAAAUAAUAUCUCAACCUACCAUGGAGUUGGCAAACCAACGAAAUCAAACCCCUUCUGCACCUGCACCACCAAAACCUGUCAAGAGAGAGAAUAAUCGGAGGGGUACAACUUCAAGUUCUGAACAUGAAGGACCAAAAACACCGGAUCCUAAGACUCUGAGAAGACUUGCUCAGAAUAGAGAGGCAGCAAGGAAAAGCAGGCUUAGGAAAAAGGCUUAUGUUCAGCAGCUAGAAUCAAGUAGGAUUAAGCUUAAUCAGCUUGAACAAGAAUUACAGCGUGCUAGAGCUCAAGGCGUUUUAAUGGGCGGAGGUGCAAUUUUGGGAGGAGAUCAAGGCAUACCAAUUUCUAUGAACAACAUUACCUCAGAGGCUGCAAUGUUUGAUUUGGAAUAUGGGAGAUGGUUAGAGGAGCACCUUAGGCUUGUAUGUGAGCUAAGAGCAGCAGUAGAUGAACACCUGCAUGAAAAUGAGCUUAGGUUAUAUGUGGAAAAUUGUUUGGCUCACUAUGAUCAAGUAAUUAACCUCAAAAACAUUUUAGCUAGAACAGAUGUUUUUCAUCUUGUUUUCGGAAUGUGGAAAACACCAGCCGAGCGUUGCUUCAUGUGGAUCGGCGGAUUCAGACCAUCUGAACUCAUUAAGAUAAUUGCAAGUCAAAUUGAGCCUCUUACUGAGCAUCAAAUCCUGGGAAUAUGUGGGUUGCAACAAUCAACACAAGAAGCAGAAGAAGCUCUUUCCCAAGGGCUUGAUGCACUCAACCAUUCUCUUUCAGACACCAUAACAUCAGACUCUUUGAGCCAUCCACCUAACAUGGCUAACUACAUGGGACAGAUGGCUCUUGCCAUGAACAAGCUUUCAACUCUUGAAAGUUUUGUGAGACAGGCAGAUAAUCUGAGGCACCAAACAAUUCAUCGUCUGCACCAGUUGUUAACAAUUCGUCAAGCUGCAAGAUGUUUGGUUGCAAUGUCAGAGUAUUUUCAUCGUCUUCGAGCAUUGAGUACUCUCUGGUUGACCCGCCCUCGCCAAGAAUAGUGGGAGAAGGUCCGUGCUAGUAGUAGUAGCAGUAGUAGUGGUGUCGGAUUUCAUGGCUAUGGCUAGCUAGAUUUAUAAUUAUAAUUAUAUGAUCUUGUAGUUUUUAUAUUUUAUAUAUUUUCUUAAAGUUUAAGUUUAAUAUUCUCUUAAUUUACUAAGAUAUAUUAUCAUGUCA